AUUAGUAAUGACUAAAGGAGUUCGAGCACACAGCACAACGUGGAGACUAGGGAUUUUGGGGGCUUUCUGAUCUAAUAUGAAAAGCUUUCUCUUGAUUGAAGCGUGACAUAAAAUGCUACAGCGGCCUGGCUUUUCAAAAUGGUUAGCGAUAAGCAUUGCAGUUUCAGUUGCCUUCAUAGAUUGCUUGGCCCAGAAUGAUGAUGACUGCAAGUUGGCCAGGGCAGGACCUCCAGCAACAAUAGUUCCAAUUGAUGAAGAAAGUCGGAAUGGCACAAUUUUGGUAGACAGCAUGUUGAUCAAAGGAACAGCAGCAGGACCUGAUCCCACUAUUGAACUCACAUUAAAGGAUAACACAGACUACUGGGUCAUUUUAGAUCCUAUCAACCAGAGGCUUUAUCUUAACAGCACUGGACGAGUCCUGGACAGAGAUCCACCAAUGUCCAUUCAAUCUAUUGUAGUCCAAGUCCAAUGCAUUAAUCGAAAAGUAGGAACUAUCAUCAACCAUGAAGUUCGGAUCGUGGUGCGGGAUAGAAAUGAUAACUCUCCCCAAUUCCAGCAGGAACAGUACUAUGUCACUGUGAAUGAGUUAACACCAGUUGGAACCACGAUCUUCACCGGAUUCUCUGGAAACAGAGGCGCCACAGAUAUAGAUGAUGGACCCAAUGGCCAGAUAGAGUAUGUCAUCCAAUACAAUCCCAGCGAUCCAACAUCAAAUAGGACUUUUGACAUCCCUCUGACAUUGUCGGGAGCAAUAGUUUUGCGUGAGAGAUUAAAUUAUGAAGAAAAGUCACGUUAUUUUCUCAUUGUCCAAGCAAAUGAUCGAGCUCAAAAUCUUGUGGAACGAAGAACAAGCACGACGACUCUCACUGUUGAUGUCCUUGAUGGGGAUGACCUUGGACCAAUGUUCCUUCCAUGUAUAUUAGUUUUUAACACUCGGGACUGCCGGCCACUCACUUAUCAAGCUAGUUUGCCAGAACUCACUGACCCUGCACGGGUAAACCCAAUCAAUGUUACACCACCAAUACAAGCUAUAGAUCAGGAUCGCAACAUCCAGCCUGCAUCUGAUCGCCCAGGAAUACUCUAUUCCAUCUUAGUUGGGACUCCUGAGGAUUAUUCCCAGUAUUUCAGUAUGAAUGGUACCACUGCUAAACUCCACCUUCUAAAGCCGAUAAACAGGGAUUUUCAUCAGAAAUUUGAUUUGGUUAUUAAGGCUGAACAAGACAAUGGCCAUCCUCUCCCAGCCUUUGCUAAUCUGCAUAUUGAAGUUUUAGAUGAAAACAAUCAGAAACCUUUCUUCACCAAAUCAACAUAUGAAGGCUUUAUUUCAGAGUCUUCCCCUGUCGGUACAACUAUUUCUGAUAACCAGAAUUUGACGUCUCCACUGCAGAUCGUAGCUUUAGAUAAUGAUGUUGAAGAGACAAAGGACCCACUGCUCCACCUGUUUCUAAACGAUUACAAUACGUUUUUCACUGUGACCCAGACUGGAAUAGCCCGCUAUCUCACCUUACUUCAGCCAGUUGACAGAGAAUUUCAGCAGUUAUACACCUUUUUGAUUACAGCUUCCGAUGGGGUACAAGAAAGUUUUCCAGUCACAGUCAAUAUUUUUGUACUUGAUGCAAAUGAUAAUUCUCCAACCUUCUCAAACAUAUCAUAUAAUGUGAAGAUCUAUACAGACAUGAGGCCUGGAGAAAGCGUUAUCAAGCUUACUGCCAUGGAUGCAGAUGAAGGUCCAAAUGGACAGAUUAGAUAUGAAAUCUUGGCUGGUGACCAGGGAGACUUCAUAAUCAAUGAUAAGACAGGCCUUAUCACCAUUGCACCAGGAAUUACACUGGUAGUAGGUCGGUCCUACGCCCUCACAGUCAAAGCAUCUGACAGCGCUCCACUGGCACAGAAAAGGAGUUCCAUCACUACUGUUUACAUCGAGGUGCUUCCUCCUAACAAUCAAAGUCCACCUCGCUUCCCUCAACAGAUGUACAGUCUUGAGCUCAGUGAGGCCAUGCGAAUUGGUGCCAUUUUGCUGAAUUUGCAGGCAAUUGAUCGAGAAGGUGAUCCUAUAAAAUACCUCAUACAAAAUGGAGACCCCCAACAUGUAUUUAAUCUUUCUGAAACAUCCGGGCUGCUAGCCUUAGGAAAGCCUUUAGACCGAGAAAGCACCGAUCGCUACAUUUUGAUUGUUACAGCUUCAGAUGGCCGACCAGAUGGGACUUCAACUGCUACGGUGAAUGUGGUUGUAACAGAUGUAAACGAUAAUGGGCCAGUCUUUGAUCCUUUUCUUCCCAAAAAUUUUACAGUACAAGAAGAAGAAACCAAUGCAUUUGUGGGUCAAGUGAGGGCUACUGACCCAGAUGCUGGAGUAAACGGCCAAGUCCAUUAUAGUUUAGCAAACUUUAAUAAUGUUUUUCGCAUCACAUCCAAUGGUAGCAUUUACACUUCGGUGAAGCUAAACAGAGAGAAAAAAGAUUAUUAUGAACUCGUUGCUGAAGCCACAGAUGGAGCCGUGGAUGCACGUCGUACAACAUUAACUCUGGGAAUCAGAGUCCUGGAUAUUGAUGACAACAGUCCUGUAUUUACAAACGCCUCCUAUACAGUUUCAAUUCCCGAAAACCUGGCUCCGGGCACAGUAUUCCUUCGUUUAGAGGCUAAGGACGUUGACCUCGGUUCCAAUAUUACCUAUGGAAUACGAAGUCAGGGAGCACUCCAGUUUUUUGCAUUGAACAAAUUUACAGGUGAACUGUCACUUCGAAAGUCCUUGGAUUUUGAGUCCUUUUCUGGCACAGAAGCAACAUUCACUUUUUUAGUGGAAGCCUUUGAUGUCGGAGGAGCGAUGCCUCCAGGCCUUGCAACUGUGACUGUGAGAAUAAAGGAUAUGAAUGAUUACUCCCCAGUAUUUAGCAAAACUCUGUACAGGGGCAUGGUUGCGCCAGAUGCGAUCAAGGGCACAGUUAUCACAAUGGUGGAAGCAGAAGAUCAGGACCCACCGGGUACACCAGCAAGUCAUGUACGAUAUAAAGUAGAUGUUGUCCAGUUCCCAUACAGUGCAAGUAUCUUUGAUGUUGAAGAAGAAUCUGGACGCGUAAUAACCAGAGUGAAUCUUAACGAAGAACCCAGUACAUUGUUUAAGCUUGUGGUCAUUGCCUAUGAUGAUGGGGAUCCGGUGAAGUUUAAUACAACUACUGUAGAAAUUUCCGUAUUGCAACCCUCAGUAAUUCCACGGUUUACCCAGGAUGAGUACAGGCCCCCACCUGUGCGGGAAGGCGCCCCCAAAGGAACCCAAGUGGUUGUGGUAACCGCUGCUGCCUUGAACCAAACAAUUGUCUAUUCCAUUGUUUCAGGAAAUGAAGAUGGAGUGUUUGCCAUUAACAAUAGAACAGGAGUUAUCUCCAUUCAAAAAUCUCUGGAUUAUGAAACUGCAAGAAAAUAUUUGCUUCGGGUACAAGCUGAUUCCUUAAUAGUAGUCCGUUCUAAUUUGCCAGUGCCAUCCAAAAGCAAUACUGCAAAGAUAUUCAUUGAGGUUCAGGAUGAAAACGAUCAUGCUCCCAUCUUCACGAAAAAAAUUUAUAUAGGAGGUGUCUCUGAAGACGCUAGAAUGUUUUCUUCCGUGAUCAAAGUGAAGGCUCAUGAUAAAGACACCGGCAACUAUAGUGCCAUGCAGUAUAGACUCAUCAUCCCUCCAAUCAAAGAUGGCAAGGAAGGCUUUGUGAUUGAACCGUACACAGGGCUGAUCAAGACAGCAAUGCUGUUCAAAAACAUGCGGCGAUCCUAUUUCAAGUUUCAGGCCAUCGCGACGGACAAUUAUGGAAAAGGGUUGAGCAACAAAUCCGAUGUACUUGUCUCAGUAGUCAACCAGCUGGAUAUGCAAGUCAUUGUGUCAAAUGUUCCUCCUACUCUUGUAGAACAAAGCAAAGAUCAGCUUAUAGGGAUUUUGGAACGCUAUGUUCAAGACCAGAUACCUGGUGCAAAAGUGGUAGUGGAAUCCAUUGGUGCUCGCAGAUAUGGUGAUGGAUAUUCAGAAGAAGAUUAUUCCAAAUCUGACCUCAUGAUCUAUGCAAUCGAUCCUCAGACAAACCGUGCUAUAAUGAGGAAUGAACUUUUCAAAUUUCUGGAUGGCAAGCUUCUGGAUAUCAAUAAAGAAUUUCAACCAUACCUUGGGCAAGGAGGACGUAUUUUGGAAAUACGAACACCAGAUGUGGUGGCCAAUGUCAAAAAGCAGGCACAAGCUGUGGGCUACACGGAAGGAGCUCUGUUGGCCCUGGCUGUCAUCAUCAUCCUUUGCUGCAUGCCUGCUAUUUUAAUAGUUAUGGUCAGUUACAAACAAUUUAAAGAGAGACAAGCUGAAUGUGCAAAGACAGCUCGCAUCCAGAUGGCCUUACCAGCUGGCAAAUCAGCGCUGCCCCAACCACAACCCCUACUACCCACCAGCCCACCACCACCACCACCUUCUGGAGCUCAUAUAGUGUCUGUACCUGGUUUUUCCACCAGGUACGAAUUGCCUCAAUACGGAAGUCGUCGGCGCCUGUUGUCACCUUCUGGAAUGUAUGAUGAAUAUGGAGAAGUGGUUGUGGAGAGUGACGGCGGAUAUUAUUAUAGUCCACAAGGGACCUCUACAGAAGCAGAGUGGGCCAAAAAGAAAAGGAUCAAGUUGGUUCUGGAUCCUGAAUAUGAGAGCAGCUCCACUGGAGAGGACAGUGCUCCCGAAAGCCAGAGGAAUCGUCUCAGCAACCCCAAUAUUCCAACCAACGGCAACAGCAAUAUCUACAUAGCCCAAAAUGGGUCAGUGAUCAGGACACGUCGAAGUUGCCUUUCGAACAAUUUGAAAGUCGCCUCUCCCGCCAGACUGGGGAAACAGUUCAAGAAGCUCGAUAAGUUGGGAGUAACGCACGAGGAAAACAUCCCACUGAACACAUUUGCCACCGGGGCAACAUCUAACGAUAAACUGAACCCCAGGCCCUGUAGUGUUUCCUUUGCUGCCUCCUCGGCUUUAGACCCUGACAGCAUAGCAACCAAAGCGGUGGGGAGCAGAUUGAAAAGCACAGACCAGCAAGAGUCCAUCGUUGAUAAUGAAGGCGUCAAAGAGACUUUGGACUUGCCGAGCGAUCACGCACAGUCGGAAGACGAGGAACUCUGGAUGGGCCCUUGGAACAACCUUCACAUACCAAUGACAAAACUGUGA